UUUUGAGCUGUAACACACACCGCGAAGGUCCACAGCUUCAUUCUUCAAAGUUAGUGAGACCACGAACCCAUCGGCAGGAAAAACUCCCGACUCACUAACAGCCUAGUCCCUUCCCCCUUGAAGGCUGGUGUCUGUCACCCCAUACCUGAGCUGGUCCCUCUUCACUAGGUUAGGCUACCAGCAUCUUCCUACUCCUCCGGCUGGGUCCCUGGAGGAGGAAGCUUUCCAAAGCUCAAUCUAGCCCGUGGAUCCCUCCAGCAGGAAGCUCCAAGGCCUCCUCUGUACUUUGAGGUCGUACUGGCCCCUGCUAUGCCCCAGGCUCAGGGCUAUUACAUAAGACACCCAAUUCAAUUCGGAGGGCCGUUGACACCGUCCCUGUCACUGAAUCUUGUCUUCACCCCUGUGAUUCUCUGGACAGCCAGCGAAUCUCUGUUAAUGUCGGUGGAGUUCCAGCCACUGCACUUUUAUUGAGGCAGUCUCACUGUGGCUCCGGCUGGAGUGCAGUGGCACGGUCAUAGCUCAUGGCAGCCCCCAACUCCCAGGCUCAAGCAAUCCUCCCACCUCAGCCUCCCGAGUAACUGGGACUAUAGGCGGGAGCCACCAUGUCGGGCUGUUUUUUCUGUAGAGAGCGGGCCUCCCUAGGUUGCCCAGGCUUACUUAACGCUCUUGAAUGUCAAAAUCCACGCUCAAUACCCGCUUCACGCGGAAGUCGGUGUUGAGAUACAAGCAUAUAAACGAACUCAAGGCUAACAGCUGUUCUGUAUUCAGAGCCGCACAUUCAAGGAAAAACGCGAUCGCUGGACCGGAACAAGAAGAGUGGGUGGAUGGCCGGGCGCGGUGGCUCAAGCCUGUAAUCCCAGCACUUUGGGAGGCCGAGACGGGCGGAUCACGAGGUCAGGAGAUCGAGACCAUCCUGGCUAACACGGUGAAACCCCGUCUCUACUAAAAAAUACAAAAAACUAGCCGGGCGCGGUGGCAGGCGCCUGUAGUCCCAACUGCUCGGGAGGCUGAGGCAGGAGAAUGGCGUAAACCCGGGAGGCGGAGCUUGCAGUGAGCUGAGAUCCGGCCACUGCACUCCAGUCUGGGCGGUAGAGCGAGACUCCGUCUCAAAAAAAAAAAAGAAAAAAAAAAAGAAGAGUGGGUGGAGGAUGGAGGGCUUGCUUGGGCGGCCCGCGGUCUUGGCUCGCCUUUCUUCCCCGAGGUCUCGUGGCUGGCCAGCCGCAGGGUGGGGGUCCGUGGACCUCCCGGCCUGUAGGGGGCGUCGGACGCAGUGGAAGGACCUGCUCCGGAGCCUGGCCAGGCUGCGCAGUCAUGAUCACCCAGACCGCGGCGGAGCCCACGGUCCCCGCAGUGCCCGCUCCUGAGGAGACCACCGAAGCUCCGGGACGCAAGGAGCUGGCGUGGCCCUGGAGGCCACCGCCAGUACCUGCGCAGCGGCCCGGACUACGACUUCGCGCGCUACCGGAGCACAGUGCACGAGGUGACUCAGGCCUUCGCCGCCGCCUCGCGGGAGGUGCUGGCGGUGGAAGCAGAGCUGGCCGGGCCUCGCAGGCAGCCGCUGCUCGCCAGCCACGUGCGCAGCCUGCAGGAGCUGGAGCAGACGCGGCUGGGCACGGUGGCCCUGCUGCAGCUGAUGGAGACGCCAGAGUUGGCGGGGCAGGAGGACGCUGUACAGAUGCACCAGCUGAAAAUGAAGUGAGCGCUGCUGCCCAAGCCGCCUGGCUAUGCUUCAUUUGCACCAGGGUUGGCACGGUCAGACCCAGCAGAGGAACCCUCUGCCUCUGUACAAUGGUGUUCUCAUCUGGUGGCCCUCAGAUAUACACUUCCCCAGAGGGCAUAGUCGUGAAACUUCACAUCAAUUUCGCUGUGCAUUGCUGGGACACUGCUGUGUACCUCGACUCAUGCCAAUCCUGCACACGUGGCUGUCUGUGGAGCUUGGAUAUUGUCACCCAUGCCCCACUGAGCACAAACCUUCAGAUGCCUGUUCUCAGCCCCCAAGCACACACACUCAUGUACAUACACAUUUGACAGUCAUGCUUCAUAACCUCCUGAUGCUACACAUCCCACCAA